AUGGGAUACAAAAGCAAAGCGGACGCAGGGGAUGGAUUGUUGGUGAUGAAAGGAGAAGGUCGAUGGAUGGCAUCUCCAAAUACUAUUGAUGCAGGUCCCAAGACUGCCUAUCAUAACACCCGUAGAGUCUCUAUUAGCAUAUAUUCCGCGAAAGUCCAGGGUGGAAAUACCGCUCGAUUGAUGGUAAUGGGGUUUGGGCGAGACGAAACCUGUCUUGUGUCGAACUAA